AAACUAGACUAGCUGAAAUAAUUAUUGUUGGAGGAAAAUGAGGUUUAAAGCUUCAUCACUUAGUUCUCUCAUCAUAAUAAUUCUAAUCUACUCGCUAUUCCCAAACCUAUCAACAUGCUCAGCAAAAAACCUUGAUACUGAAAUUCUUGAACUAAAAAUCAAAGCAAUCACUUCCUUUGAACUUUCAUCGAUGAGCUUUGAUGAACUUCCAAGUUUGUUCUUCCUUUACGAGAAUCUUGUCCACAAAAGGUUCGAGUCAGUCUAUAAAAAUAAUCUAAAGAAGUUUGAGGAAUUCAGGAAAGUCCAUCAACAUUAUGCAAUUAAGUCAUCCUUUUACUCAUUGAAGCUUUCUGACGUGAUUGUGUUUCAAGACUUUAAUGCAGCAGACCUCCAAAUAAUCAGCAAUAAAAUCAAUUGGUCUGACAAGGAAGUGAAUAAAUUUGGGUUUCUCAGCAAAGACAAAUACGGAACAUUCAAGUUUCAUGACCAAGCAUUUGCUGACUUCUUCAUAGCUCAAUACUUCUAUGACAACAUUGUCCAUCCAAAAGACAGUCCAUCUGAUGACGAAAUGGAACUCCGACUGAGAUUCUUCUUCUACAUCAUUGCUAAUAUCUAUGAUCGAUAUUCUGUAACUAAUGAGUUUAUUAUGGCUAUGAUUGAGGAUCAAAAUGAUGAGAUGUUCAGCGAUCAAGUCAGGAUGCUGAUGAAGUACAAGUUUGAUUCCCUUCUGGAUCCUUAUUUGAUACAUUAUUCAGACUAUGUUGAGAAAAUGUCGUCAAUUUUUGCAAAAGACAAAGAAAUUCUUUGCAAUCUUUGGGGAACCAGUAAGGACCUGCCAUUUUUCUUGAGAUACUUACAAAGGAGCAAAUUUGGCAACCCAGUUAAGGAAUUGAAAGCUAUUGCUGAGAGAUUUUUUAAAAUAGCUUCAAAUUCCUCACAAUCAACCAUGCAAGCUGAUCAAAUAUUCCGCGGAAAGAAUCAAAUUUUGACUGUCCUGUACACAAUUCACUUAAAAAAGAAUGAAAACUUUACAAAGGACAUCCUGGAUGUCACAAAAUACCAAGUCAGUGAUGACAUUUUAGUAAAUUUAAAUCAAUAUGAAGAUUUUCUGGACUUUGUGGAUGCAUCAAGUUACUCAUUAACUGACAAGAAAGAGUUUAUCAUGUCUAAUGCUUACAACAUGAUUGGAAGAACUUGGACGGCUGAGAACCUGACUAAACUCUGGAAUAGAAUGGAGAAAUAUUUCACAAAAAAUGAAAUGAAGCUGAUUUUAACUCAAAAGGAUCAACACUUCAACCACACGCAUCUGUUCCACCUCCCGAGUAGGUUUGACCUUGCUUAUCCUGAAACUUACUUGAAUUUGACCAGAACUUACCUAAGUCCCGAAGAAAUUAAGGAAUUUUUAAGUCAUCGACGUCUAAUUUGUCAAGAAUCAUUCUUAACACACUACAUGAAUAUUGCUGAGAAUGCGACGGUCUAUGAAUUAAAUUACAAUUUUACUAAAGAAUUUCUGACCCACGAAGAGCUCAAGAACCUGAUUUUCGUCCACAAAGACAAGCCAUUCAUCCAAAAAUUCGCCGACAAUCAAGAAAUUUUCACAAUUUGUACGAGAAUUUUGUCAGAAUUUUACACAAAAGAUGAGAUUCAGGAUAUGCUAAUGGUAACUGAUGAGAACAAUAGAAACAUUAUUUUUUGGACGAUCGAUGCACUUUCAGGAAAAAUAAGGCAUGAUUUUGCUGAUUAUUUAAGGGAUAUUUUUAAGGGACGGGAAGACAAGCUUAAGCAAAUGUUCAAAAUUAAGUCAAAUUUUAAUCAAACUAUUUUCGACAAGUUCGAUGGCUCGAUGUAUAAGGAGAAGGUUAAGCCAUUUUUGGAUCUAGCUAAGGAGAUAUUCACAGAUGAAGAGCUAAGGAAGCUACAGAAGAGCAGCAGCAAUGAAUAAUCCAAUAAUUACUUUGUUACAAAGUUUUGAUCAUUUAAAGGUUCAUGCUGGUUCAAAUAGAAUGGGUUGGGAAGUGCUUAGU